AUGUCGGAAGGAAAUUUACGUCUAUGUGGACCGGGAAGCGAUUGGGACGGAUUUUUCACUGAAGACGGUCUUGACUUUACCCCUUGUGCGAGAGAAGUUAUACUGAAUGCCUGCAUUCCACUGACGGCCGUAAUCGCAUCCAUAACGGGUCUUUUUCUACGCUGUCUAUGUCGAAGGUCGAGAGAAGAACAUUCCUACCAGCUCAUAUCGCCAAUAAGCCUAGACUUUGAUGAUCAUGAUACGCUUGAACCUGUAACGAUCACCAAAUAUGAUUUGUCUCAGUUCAUCAUAUCUUUCAUUCAUUUGGCGUUUGUGGGGUUCCUUUUUGGUUGGAGAUUUGAUGAGUAUUUCGAAACGUUUAAGUACGGAAUAUAUUGGGUUAUAGGCGCUGUCGGUUUAUUUAUUUCUUGGUUCUACAUAGGGGCUCUAAACGCAUGUCAUUUGAUAACGCGGCAAAAACAGUCGCAAUAUGCUUACAUCAAGCAUCUGUCUGUACUGUAUGCACUUUAUGCAGUAACAGCUGCGGUAAAUCUUAGAUCCGUGUUGAAAAAUAGCAACAGGGAAUACGAAUUAGUAUUCGCUAUAUGCAAUGCUGCUGCAGGUCUUGUCUUGUUUGCAUUAUCUGUGCUAAGACCGCGCCACCCCGAGUUAAGAGACGGAGAAGUGUCGCAUGAUACAACUGCAUCACAAUGGUCACUUCUUUCGUUUUCAUGGAUGAAUUCGUUGAUCAAAUUGGGGAAUACGCGUGAGCUGACUGAGGCUGAUCUAUGGGACCUUCCAAGAAAAUGCGAGGCAGUUCGAUGUUAUCAAGAACUUCUAGGAAUGGCUAAUAUGGACGUUCUAUCGCGUUUGUUUGCUACAAAUGCUAAAAACUUGACCCGAUUUUUCAUUAUUGCAAUAUUUCGCUCGGUAUUUGCGUUUACCACGCCGUUUUUUCUUCAACGUCUGCUAGAAUACAUGCAGAAAGCUGAUCGGUCUCAAAAGCCAUCCGAAGAACCUUAUCUUUAUAUAUUUGGAAUAUUGGUAUCUGAAAUAGCAAGAAUUAUCUUAUUGAACCAACUGAAUUAUCAGGUAGUUUGGCUCGGAACACGCGUGGAGCAAAUGCUAAGCGUACUUCUGUAUGAGAAACAACUACGCUCAAUGACUGCACCGUAUCGGAGCAGCACGAGAACCAAUAGCGUUUUUAAUGUGGACGUCGACGAUAUAGCAGGAUUUUUUUCAAACCUUCCAUUUCUUUUUACCAUUCCAUUGGAGAUAAUUGUCGCUACCUUUUACCUAUAUUGCCUGUUGGGAGUAUCGGGGUUGUUUGGUGUUUUUAUCAUGAUACUUUGUCUAUGGGCCAACAGAAAGAUAGGAAAGCGUGUCAGUCGUCUGCAAAAACGGGUCAAAAAAGCACGCGAUGAACGAGUAAGCGAAAUAUUCGAGUUUCUUCACGCAGUUCGAAUGAUCAGGAUGAUAGCCGGGGAACGCAACUUUUACGAAAAACUUAUGCAGUCUCGCAAAAUUGAACUCAAGCAUCUCCGGAGUCUUUUCCGACGUAUUGCCGUUGUCAAUAUUUUGGUCCAUAUUACGCCAUUCCUUGUAACAUUGUUUGCUUUUGCUGUAUACACUCUUACGCUUGGUAAAUCUUUGACGGCAGCAAUCGCUUUCACUAGUAUAAUGCUCUUCAAUACGUUGAAGCAACCCCUUCAGAUUUUACCGAAUUUAAUAACGGAACUGUGCGGGCUCGGUGCUGCUGUUGGACGAGUAGAACGUUUUCUUAAUGAACCGGAUGUGCCAAGAGAAUUUCCUGUUUCUAACGAUUCUACAAAUAUGAUAAGGGUAGGCUUUGACGGUGCUGAUGUAGCAUGGUAUAACCGUGGCCCGAUAGAGUUUAUUUUGAAAAAUUUAACUAUAGAGUUUCCAAUUGGAAAAUUGAGUCUUUUAUGUGGUCACGAAAGUUCUGGAAAGAGCAUGGUGCUGUUAUCUCUACUCAGAGAAACAAUUUUGUUGCAAGGCACGAUUCAAUCCCCACUAGGUUCAAUUGCUUAUGUCCCACAGCGGCCAUGGCUUGAGAAUGGGACUAUACGAGAUAACAUAUUAUUUGGAGAAAUUUAUCGUCGUGAAGAUUAUUGGAAAGUUGUUGAGGCUUGUUGCUUGACCGGAGAAUUCGAAAACAUGACUCUGUCUGAUAUGACCGAGUAUGACGAGAAAAACGCCGCCUUGACAGAGGCUCAGAAAGCCUGUAUUACUCUAGCCCGUGGAUUCUACAGCUCCGCUCGUGUAUUACUUUUGGACGAUUGCUUGUCGUCCGUUGACGCUCCCAAAGCACGGCUGAUACUCGAGAAUUGUCUUAAUCAGGGAUUCUUUAAUGGACGUACGGUCAUUGCCGUGUCCCAAUAUACUAGGUUGCUGCUGAGUUCUGCUGACUAUAUGGUCGUGUUGGGUGAUGGUAGGGUUCUGGCAAAAGGCACACCGGACGAGGUUAAAAAUUCGGGGGCACUAAGUGAAGAGAUGCUUGGUAGGGAAGAAGAUCUUGACAAUGAAAUGAUAGACAGACCCGUCACUGAAACGAAGAAUUGGGCAUCUGAUGAGGCCCGUACGCAUGGAUUUGUUCGACCACGUGUUUAUUGGUUCUAUGUGAAAUCAAGCGGCGGAGUUAUUAUAUGGCUGGUUUUAGUGCUUUUAUUCGGAAUUAUUCGAUCCUUAACAGUUGGAGAGACUUACUUACUGAAAGUAUGGUCGGAUGCGUUUGUUAACAAGACGCAUGAUCAGUUAACCGAUGAACCAGAGACAAAGCCUGUAGAUAAUUUAUACUAUCUACGAAUUUAUGCCGUCAUUGCUUUGGUAUCGGCUUCUGUUACUAUCGCUCGUAUGAUAUGUCAGUCUUGUGUAUCAUUGAAAGGUUCUAGAAGGCUCUUUACUAGACCGCUUAAUGCCAUAGUAAGAGCACCAUUAAGCUUCUUUGAUACGGCGCCAUUGGGAAAAAUCAUGAACAGAUUUUCCAAAGACCUCGGACUGGUCGAUCAAGGAAUAGUGACGGUCAUGGCUAAUUUUCUGGGAAAUUUGGUGGGUGCUAUAAGCGUCUUAUUGGUCGUAACGGCUGUCGUCAAGGAGUAUUCGGUGGUAUCAGUCAUCAUCGCCAUAUGUUACAUACGUAUCGGUACUAUGUACAUAAAUGCGUCAAGAGAGUUGAAACAAUUGCAAAGUAAGACACGAGCUGUUGUUACAUCUUGGUUCAAUGAUACUGUUGGUGGCAUUACUGUUAUUCGAGCCUACAACUGUGAACGUCAUUUCGCUAGUGUUUUUGUUCAAAGGCUUAACACAGCAAACCGAACAACAUAUCUGUUGCACAUGUCUAACAGAUGGAUGUCGGUCCGGAUGGGAUGCAUCGGUGCUGUUGCAACGUACUUAGCAGGCGUGUUUAUUCUCUGGCAUUUUGAUAGAAUCAACGCUGGCCUUGCUGGUUUUGCUUUAAGCUAUGCAUUGAGUUUCGUACAGAUAGUCUUUUUACUCGUUAAAGACUUUAUAACGAUGGAAACUGGUUUGAAUAGCGUUGAACGCAUUUCGGAAUAUAUUGGUAUGCCGCAGGAACCUCCAGCAAUUAUUGACAGUCAUCAUCCUCCAAAUGCUUGGCCUACAAGAGGGAACAUUGAAGUCACCAAACUGGUUGUCAAGUAUUCGGAAACAAGCAUCAAGCCAGCUCUCAAUAAUAUUACAUUUUCAGUCGACCCUGAGGAAAAAAUAGGAAUUGUUGGAAGGCAUGCAAUACAAGUUUAUGCUGUUUUAUUAAGAAUGAUUAGCUUACAACCCAAUAAACUAAUUGGCUGGUAUUAUUACAGGACGGGUUCCGGUAAAACUACGCUUGCAAAUUCUUUCCUGAGGCUUAUAGAGGCUUCAGACGGCGCUAUUGUUAUUGACGGUAUCAAUAUUGCUGACAUUGGGCUAGAAGACCUUAGGUCACGUAUAACACUGAUAAACGAAGAUCCUAUAUUGUUUGAAGGGACAAUACGUUCUAAUCUCGAUAUUUGUAAUACGUACAAUGAUCAUGAAUUAUGGGAAUCUCUUCGAAGAGUAAAUUUCAUAUCGAUUGAAGAGAAUCCAGCCAGUGACCAAGGUGGUAUCUUAGUUGGACCGAUUAAAAGUCUAGACGAUCCGGUUAACGAAGGUGGAAGCAAUUUUUCAAGAGGACACAGACAGCUCCUAUGUUUAGCAAGAGCUUUAUUGAGACAGGCAAAGAUAAUUGUAAUGGACGAAGCAAUGGCUAGUAUUGAUCCAGAGAUGGCGAACAAAAUACAAGAGAUAAUUCGUAAUGAAUUUCAUCAUGCAACAGUUUUAUGCAUCAGUCACCGAUUUCGAACCGUGAUUGAUUCAGAUAGAAUACUCGUUCUCGAUAGCUGA